UAUAUAGAGAGAGAGAGCGGCAAACCAAGUAUGACCAACUAAUCUCUCUUCUUUCUUAUAUGUAUAAUAAUUUCCCACAAAAUCAUUUCUCACCAUCAAAGCCAUGUUGAGAGCAUUCAGCACAAGGCGAUCAAGCCAUCGCGGCGGCUAUGAAAGGUUACUCUCUGACGAGUCUGCUGUUGCUGCUCCCGAUGAUCUGGAAGUGGGAACAUUGAAGAGGUCUAAAACCUUACCUGCACCUCCACCGCCAUCACUUCGUUCCUCAUCGACGGCUAAAAAAUUUCUAUCUCAAUUGGGCUUUCCAAAUGAUUCUCAAUCCCAUCACAAUUCAGUGAAGUCUUGUGCUAGAAAUAAGGCUAACAAGAGUCAUCCACUCCUUAGUUUGUUCGAUGCUCGCCGGAAGAGGAAAACUACGGCCAAGCCGGAAUUCACAAGGUAUUUAGAAUACCUCAGGGAGGGAGGCGUAUGGGAUGUCAGUUCAAAUAUGCCUGUCAUUUAUUACAAAUGAUCAUGUGCAUGUGUUUGGAUAUUUUUUUUUUUUAAAUUGUAUGAAAUUCAGCUCAAAACUUCAUAUAAAACAGCAUAAUAAUCCUUAAUUCCUCAUUUUGGAUUUUUUUUUUCUGAA